AUGUCAUCCUCACUUUCGAGUAGGGUGUUGAACAUGAAGUUCAUGCAGAAAGCCAAGGACUUGAAAACAAUCGAAAAGCGACAACAAGAACUGCAGAAGAAAGUUGAAGAUAUAUCGGAAUGGAAGUUACCAAGUCUGGAGCAAAUACUACGGAUGGCGUCUCGGAAGUCAAAAAUAGAAAGUGUAGGGUAUGGAACCAUUAUGAGUGACACAAGCUAUUAUAGGAAAAGGAGAAGUUCAAUUGGUGGAGAAUUUGCAGAGGAGACAUUAAAUAAAGAAGAAGACAAAGAAUAUGAUGAUAUAGAAGGAGAUAGAGAAGAAGAAGAAGAAGAAGAAGAAGAAAAAGAAGAAAAAGAAAGUGGGUUUAAUCGAGAAACUAUAAAGAAUUCAAAGGAUUUGGGUUUGCAUUGGCGAAAACGGAAGUUAAAGAACCCGGAGAAUAGCAGAGAAAAACGUUUUCAUGGAUAA